ACUGUUUAAUAUGGCUCUCAUACCUAAACAAGUUUUGUUUGUUUAGAGCCAAACAGUAGAUGGAGAUGGGUACGCACAUCCAAUGGAAAAUGAAACCACUUCUCAUAUUAUGCACUUUUUGUGCCACCACUCUUCUUUUUCUUAAUUUCAACCGAAUGCAAACUCGCCUGACAAUGAAUGUGAAUGAAAAUAACAAUAAUAUGUUAAUUCAAUGGAUUGAGCCUGAUUCAAGUCCAGAUUCUGCUCAGCCAGGUGAGCGUGGCAGAGGAGUUAAAACAGAACCCGAAGAAGAAAAAGCAAGCGAAUCAUCAUACGUAGAAUAUGGUUUCAAUCAAUUGGUUAGUGAUAAAAUUUCAUUGCAUAGAUCACUUAUCGAUAACAGACCGAUACCUUGUCACUACCAGAAAUAUCAAAUCAUCCUUCCAAAAGUAAGCGUCAUUAUUAUCUUUCAUAAUGAGGGUUGGUCAACGUUACUGCGUACUGUGCACUCAGUUAUUAACAGAUCUCCUCCUGAGUUGCUCCAUGAAAUAGUUCUCUGCGACGAUUUCAGUUCAAAAGAGCACUUAAAGGGUCCACUAGCAACUUACAUAAAGGAUUAUCCCAAAGUGAAACUUGUACGUACGAAAGAAAGAGAAGGAUUAAUCCGUGCACGCGUGUAUGGAGCAGAUCAUUCAACUGGUGAAGUUUUACUCUUCCUCGAUUCACAUUGUGAAGCGAAUGUCGGAUGGUUGCCGCCGUUAUUGUCUGAAAUUGAAAGAGACUACAGAGUAGUCACGUGUCCAUCUAUAGAUGUGAUACGACAUGGCGACUUCAGUUAUGUUUCUGUGGAUCCAUACAAGCGUGGAACAUUUAACUGGAGGUUUGAUUACAAAGAAAGAAUCAUAACAGCCGAGCAAUCAAUUGCUAGAAGGAGUGAAGCGGAUCCAGUGAAAUCUCCAGUAAUGGCUGGUGGUUUAUUUGCAAUUUCACGAAAGUUUUGGGAAGAAUUAGGUAAAUAUGAUCCUGGAAUGUAUGUGUGGGGUGGAGAACAGUAUGAAAUUUCAUUCAAGUUAUGGAUGUGUGGUGGACAAAUGCUGAACAUUCCCUGUUCACGUGUCGGCCACGUUUAUAGAGACAAGGUACCAUACACAUCAAACAAAAUGAAUGCAGCUUUAAUUAAUUUUAAACGCGUGGCCGAAGUUUGGAUGGACGGCUUCAAAGAAUUUCUUUAUUAUAACAGACCAGACAUUAAGGUGCAAAUUCAUGGUGAUUUGUCCCAAAGAAAAGCAUUACGGGAGCAUUUAAAGUGUAAAGACUUUGCAUGGUACCUCGAUAAUGUUGCUAAUGAUACAGUGAGGACCAGAUUUGAACCAAACCGAGCCGUGGGAAAGGUGAAUGGUUGUUUAUAUCAUGUUCGGAACUAUAAAAAUGUACUUAUUUUUUCGCAUGCACCUAUUUUCUUUGAUUGUUUUUAGAUCCGUCAUGUAGAAACAGAUAAGUGUUUUGACCUGACUGGACAAAAGUAUGGAGACGCCGUUAUGGUUUCUAGUUGUCAAGACGACGGUGCCCAGAAGUUUCACUGGACAUAUAUAAACGAGUUUCGUCGAGGAUUAGAAGAUUGUAUAGAUGUAAAGGACGGUGAUAUGAGUAAUUUAUAUUUGGAGAGAUGUCACGAAAGAGAAGAUGGAAAUCAAAGAUUUGCAUACAUGAAGAAAACAAAACAAAUUCGUCAUCAAGGUACAGGCCGCUGUUUGGCUUUGACCAAGAAAAUGUCACGUCACAUAACACUGGAGCUAUGCGAUCAACAAUCGGAACUGCAGAAAUGGCAUAUGAACUUACA